GACUUUUGUUGGUUUUUAUUUUAAAGUCUGUUUGUGCGUAAACGGUUUGCGUAAAAGUGUCUCCAAAUGCAUGGCAGUGUGCCUUCCCUGCGUCAGAUUUUGCCCCCAAAGUGCAUAUUUUUGUGUGCUGGGGGAAUUCCUCACAGGUCUGCUCACUCUGUAAGAGAGAGUCCUCUCUUUCUAUAUCUCCUGCUGUUCGCGCGUCGUUUCGGCUCUCCACGGAAUUUAAACGUCACUCACGGUUGCGCGAGAAGAGGCUUCACGCUCCAUGUGUCGCCAGUCCCCCUGCCUCGCGCACAUUAAUAUUCCUGUAAGUCUCAGUCAUGAAUAACAAUUACACCGUAUACCGGGGGUAGAGGCGGGCUGCUCGGUGCUCACACUCAGAGCGACGGCAGCUCCGGGCGGAGGAAGGUUUUCUGCGUGGAGCUGUGAGGACAGGCCGUGCCUACAGAUACACGCGCGCUGCUUUUUGCACCUGGAAUGAGUUUGGCUAUCUGGUGCCAUCACUGUCUUUACUACCCUGCUGUUUCACCGUCGUGACACCAACAGAGGCUUUACAAAUGUUAGUUCACUCCUACUCCACCGCGGACCGGCAUGACGGUGUCUCGAGCCACAGCUCGCGCCUGUCCCAGCUGGGCUCGGUAUCGCACGCGGGACCCUACUCCAGCGCGCCGCCGCUGUCUCACGCGCCAUCGUCGGACUUCCAGCCUCCGUACUUCCCGCCGCCCUACCAGCCGCUCGCUCACUACCAGAGCCAGGACCCGUACUCCCACGUCAGCGACCCGUACUCCCUGAACUCGCUGCACCAGAGCCAGCAGAGCGCAUGGGGGGCGCGGCAGCGGCAGGAUGCCGCCGGGGACCGGAUGGAUAGCUCGGCUCUGCUGGCUCAGCCGCGGGCCUCGCUGCCGCAGCUGUCCGGGCUGGACCCGCGGCGGGACUACGGUGUGCGGCGGCCCGAUGUGCUGCUGCACUCCGCGCACCCGGGACUGGAUCCCGGGAUGGGAGACGGACUUCUGCACGGGCUGCACGGUAUGGAGGAUGUCCAGACCAUUGACGACACUAACGGAACGAACAUCCUGGAUCAAUCAGUAAUUAAGAAAGUCCCCAUGCCACACAAGAACAUGGGCUCCCUGAUGCCCGGCAAGGACGGCCUCAUCGGAGGCAUCACCGUCAACAUUAACGAGGUGUUCUGCUCGGUACCGGGCCGCCUGUCGCUGCUCAGCUCCACCUCCAAGUACAAAGUGACCGUAGGGGAGGUGCAGAGGAGACUGUCCCCGCCCGAGUGCCUCAACGCCUCCCUGUUGGGGGGCGUGUUGAGAAGAGCAAAGUCCAAAAACGGUGGGAAAUGUCUGAGAGAGAAGCUGGAGAAGAUUGGACUGAAUUUACCUGCUGGAAGACGCAAAGCUGCCAAUGUCACACUACUAACAUCUCUGGUAGAAGGUGAAGCGGUCCACCUGGCCCGGGAUUUCGGUUACAUCUGCGAGACGGAGUUCCCCACCAAAGCCGUGAGCGAGUACCUCAACCGGCAGCACGUGGACCCCAACGAGCUGCACACGCGGAAAAACAUGCUGCUGGCGACAAAACAGCUGUGUAAGGAGUUCACAGACCUGCUGGCCCAGGAUAGGACUCCCCUGGGCAACUCCAGGCCCAGCCCCAUCCUGGAGCCCGGCAUCCAGAGCUGCCUCUCCCACUUCUCCUUCAUCACGCACGGCUUCGGCUCGCCCGCCAUCUGCGCCGCGCUCACCACCCUCCAGAACUACCUCACCGAGGCUCUCAAAGGACUCGACAAGAUGUUUCUCAACAACCCUCCCAACAACCGGCACGGGGACGGCGGCAACAAGGCCGACAAAGACGAGAAGCAGCGGAAAUGA